AUGACCGUUGAGAAGAUAUUCGACGAGCUUGGACACUUCAAAAGGUUUCAAGCAUGUCUAUAUUUUGCUGCAGUCUUCCAGGCUAUAGCGUGUGGGAUCCACUACCUGGCUUCUGUUUUCCUCGUGGAGACCCCAAACUUUGUCUGUGGUGUGCCUGCCAACAUCACUGAUGUCCUAUACGGUAACCUUACUGAAUCAUCUUUGGAAGAUAUCCUGCCAUUUCUCACAGCAGAGAGUGGUCCUGUGGUUGUGAGGACGGCACACGGUGACCAGUGGGAGCUCAACCGUUGCCAGCAUGCUUUGCGGAUUGCGCCAACAAAUUUUACCUACCAGUUCAAUGGCAAUAGAACAGUGAAAGCUUGCAAUGGGAACUUCGUUUACGACCACAGCGAAAUAUACCAGAGCAUUGUCACGGACUGGGACUUGGUGUGUGAGAGAGAAUGGCUUGCCAAGCUGUGCCAGCCCAGCUUCAUGCUGGGAGUACUGAUUGGAGCAGUGGUGUUUGGAGACAUAGCUGACAGGGUUGGCCGGGUGAGGAUUCUGAUGAUCACCAGCUUGUGCCAGUUUGGGUUUGGGGUGUGUGUGGCAUUCACUGGGAAUUACUACUUCUUUGUAGCGAUGCGCUUCCUCCUGGCCAUGGUGUCCAGUGGCUAUCUGGUUGUGGUGUUUGUCUAUGUGACAGAAUUUACUGGCAUCAAGGUGCGCACGUGGACAUCCAUGCACGUGCAUGCGGCCUUCGCACUUGGCAUAAUGAUGGUGGCUCUGACCGGCUAUCUGGUGCGCGUCUGGUGGAUCUACCAGAUCAUCCUCUCCACCUGCACCUCCCCCUUCCUGCUCUUCUGCUGGAAGUUUCCCGAGACGCCCUUCUACCUUAUGGCGAAGGGCCGCACCAAGGACACCCAGGUUCUUCUGGACACAAUAGCCCGCAUCAACGGCCUUGAUUCCAGCCUGAAAGCAGAAGACCUCAUGGAGCCAAUAGACAAGAGUGCUGGACCUUUGCUUGAGAAGGACCAGGAGUGUCAGGCACAAUCUGAAAAGAAGCUGUCUAUCCUGGAUCUGUUUGGUAGCUGGAGGAUGGCGGGCCGGACAUGCACUGUUUGGUCUAUCUGGUUUAUUGGCAGCUUGGGCUACUACGUCUUCUCCCUGGGCUCAGUCAACCUUGGAGGAAACCAGUACAUCAACCUCUUCUUGGCUGGUGCCGUGGAGUUUCCUUCUUAUCUGGUUGGCUGUUUUGCGAUGGACCGGGUGGGAAGGAAGAGGACUUGUGCCCCAGCGCUGCUGCUGGUUGGAAUUGCCUGUAUGCUUACCAUGGCGGUACCCCAAGACAUUGAAGUGCUGGCCAUUAUUCUCUGUAUGACAGGAAAGUUUGCCAUUGCCAUUGCCUUUGCUCUCAUCUACCUCUACACCUGUGAGCUUUACCCUACCAUUAUCAGGUCUCUGGCUGUGGGUACCGGUAGUAUGAUGUGCCGUGUGGGCAGUGUGGUUGCUCCCUUCUGUGUCUACCUGAGUGAUUUCUGGCUCUACAUGCCUCAGCUGAUUGUGGGAAUCCUGGCAUUCGUGAUUGGAGUGCUGACGUUGCUUUUACCUGAAACCUUGGGUAAGCCGCUGACAACUACCCUGGAGGAGGCUGAGGCCUUGGGGCGCAAACCCACCAAAAAGAACUCUGCCCUGGGCAACAACAAUCCUGAGGAUGGGUUGGAGAUGAACCAGCAGGAAGCCAAAGCCUGAUGUAUAUGCUAUCAUGGAGAAGG